AUGGUAAAAUCUUUACAAUUUUGGACAACGUUUCUUAUUUCAUCAUUUUUCUUUAUGUUACAAGGUACGUUUUUAAAUUACUGUAUAAAUUGCUAUACCUGCUCUUCAAUAAAUGGAAGUAAUGUUUACUGUGAAGAUCCAAUAAAUACACAUUUAUCAGAAUAUACGGAAAAAUGUAUGGUACCGAAAAAAAAUCACGUUGGUUUAUUUCCAGCUAAUUUUUGCAUUAAAAUAACCGGAGUAAAUAUGGAAACCAACGAAAGAAUGAUUAUUCGUGCUUGCGUUAUGAAAACAAUGGAUUCACAAUGUGGCAUGUUUAAAUAUCAAGAUCAAGCAAUGAAUGGUUGUGUAUUGACUUGCGAUUAUAAUGGUUGUAAUAAAUCACAAAAAAUUAAUUCAUCAUCAACAAGUGCUUUUCUAAUACUAUUUUUUAUUAUUAUUAUUAUUAAAAAUGUUAAUUUUUUUAUUUUCUUAAAUGUUUUAUAA